GCUCAAUAUCGGACGUUUCGUUUCUACUUAUUAAUACUAAAGAAAUGCAUACAGUGCGACGUUAAAUGAAUCUGAAUUUGCGUAUCCUUUCUGGGGCCAAAUAUUUUUGUUUAUAAAACAACAAAAAUAAAGCAAUUAACCGACACAAUUAUUUGAACGAUGAAGACAGUGGUUGGAAAUCUUGUUUUUCUGUUUGUGUUGUGGGAAGUGACGUUAAUACAACAAAUUGGGACAAAACCUGUCGAACCCCCACACACAUCUAAUACAGCUGAUACCGGAAGUCACGCCUCUAAGCCAGUUGAAACCGGUACUCCAAAAGUUCCCUCAAAGCCAGUAGAUACCAGCAAACAAGGAUCUCAGCCAGAUGAUACCGGACCUCAAGUAAAUAAGCCAGUUGAUACCGGAGUUCCAGCAUCGAAGCCAGCUGAUUCCAUUAAACAACAACAACCGUCUAAGCUAGUAAAUACCAACAAACAGCAAGGAUCUCAGCCAGAUGAUAAUAAAACUCCAGCAUCAAAAGCAGCUGAUCCCGUUAACCAACCAGAGCCCUCUACGCCAGUAGAUACAAACAAACAGCGAGGUUCUAGACCAGAUGAUACUAAUAUUCCAGCAUCAAAAGUAGCUGAUCCUGGUAAUCCACUAGGUCUCUCACCGCCAGUAGAUUCCAGCAAGCAGCACGGAUCUCAGUCAGAUGAUACAGGAAGUCAGGCAUCAAAACCAUCUGAUCCUGUUAACCAGCCUACUACGCAAGUUGAUACAAACAAACAGCGAGGUUCUAGACCAGAUGAAACUAAUAUUCCAGCAUCAAAAGUAGCUGAUCCUGGUAAUCCACUGGGUCACUCACCGCCAGUAGAUCCCAGCAAACAGCACGGAGCUCAGUCAGAUGAUACAGGAAGUCAGGCAUCAAAACCAGCUGAUCCUAAUAGUCUACAAGAUCCAUCCAAACCAGUAGAUACCAUCAGACAGCAAGGAUCUCAGUCAGAUGAUACAAGAAGUCCAGCAUCUAAGCCAUCUGAUCCUGUUAACCAGCCCUCUAAGCAAGUUGAUACAAACAAACAGCAAGGUUCUAGGCCAGAUGAUGCUGGAGGUCAAUCAUCUAAACAAGCUGACCCCAUUAACCAACAACCCUCUAUACCAUUGGAAACCAGCAAACAGCAAGGGUUUCAGGCAGAUGACGCCAGAAAUCAAUCAUCUAAACCAGCUAAUCCUGGCAGUCCACAAGAUCCCGCAAAGCCAGUAGACACUAGUAAACAACAAGGAUCUCAGUCAGAUGAUAUAAGAAGUCCUGCUACUAAGCAAGUUGAUACCGGUAGUCAAGCAAUGACGCCAGUUGAUCCAUCUAACCAACAACCUUCUAAGCCAAUAGAUACUAGCAAACAGCAAAUAUCUUUACCAGAUGAUACUGGAAGUCAAGCAACUAAGACAGCUAAUAGUGGUUCUCCACAAAUACCAGAAAAGCCAUUAGAUACCAGCAAACAAGCAUCUAAGCCAGAUGAUACUGGAAGUCAAGCAACUAAGCCAGCUAAUACCGUUACUUCACAAAUACCUGCGAAGCCAGUGGAUACCAGCAAACAAGCAUCUAAGCCAGAUGAUACCGGAAGUCAAGCAGCUAAACCAACUGAUCUAAUUAACCAAAUACAGCCCUCUAAGCCAGUUGAUACAAGCAAACAACAAGGAUCACAGACAGAUAAUACCGGAAGUCCACCAUCUAAACCAGUUGAAACCGGUAACAAACAAGGAUCUACGCAAGACGAUACGGGAAGGCAACAAGGACCUAAUCCAGUUGUUUCUGUAGAUCAAGUAGCUACUACAGAAUGUCCCAAUUUACCAACACGAUAUGAGGAUAACAUACUCAUUAUUGAAUCAAAAGACUGUGAAAUUGUGGUAGAACCGGCUGAUAUUAAAGACGUAGACUUAGACGACAGAGACAAUAGUGGAAAAGGCAAAGGCAGAAAAUCCCAACCGAAGAAACACCUAAAAGAAUACCGACCAAAAGCAACAUUUAAAUAUAUCAACACAGUUAACCAACAAUUGACAGAUGACCAGACAGUGGUCUCAUCCGGGUCCUGUCCAGAAUUACCAACAACACGUGUGUUCAAUGCAGUAACAAUAGAACUGAUUCCAGGUCAAUGUGAAAUAGAACUGGAACUAGAAAAAAUUGAAAGGGACGAUCAACCGGAUAAAAAAGGAAAGGGCAAAAAAGGCAAAGGUGGAAAGGGAAAGAAACAUAGUACAAGACAAGACAAAAAAUUAUUGGAAAUGGUUCCAGCUGUAUCAUUCAGAUCAAAACAGACACAACCACAGUUACCUUGAGUCGUGUUUACACGGUCAGCCACUGAAGUGCCUUAUCCUGUUCAAUAGACAUUUUUCUUACGAUGUAUUAUAAUAUAUUAUUUCCAUUUGUUGCUUUUCUA